GCACAACGCCGCCCCCGUGCGACACAGAUAUACACUGGAGAUCAGGCUGCUCACGGUCUCGACAAGCGCCACUUGGACCGCCUUUCCAACCGGAAGGAAUCAAACCAGUUUUCUGCAACUAAUCGCCCGCGAUGCCAAAAGAACGGAAUUACAAUCCAGUGCAAGCCCUCCGCAAGGCGGAAAAGGCAAAGGCCAUCAAAAAAGGCAAGGCAGAAAAGCAGGCUCGCAGGAACGAAAAGCUCGCCAAGCGCAACCCGGCCAGGAUACAGCAGCAGAUCGAUGACCUCAAGGCCAUAAAGGAGGGCGGAGGCAAGCUCACGGCACACGAGGAGCAGGCACUGGAAGCUCUCGAGAAGGAUCUGAAGGCGGUCAAGAAGGCAAGAGAAGCGCUGGGCGAUAAGGCCCCACAGUUUGGACACGGCCCGCCGAGGGAAGGACAGCGCGGCGACGGCGUGCUGGGGAAGCGCAGGCGUGAUGCUGAAGAUGCGUCCAGCAGCGACAGCGACGUGCCCGAGGACGUCAGGAGCAUUCCCAUGCCACGGGACACGCCGCCGCCGAUUCCCAAAGAAAUCUUGGACGAGUGGUACGCGAAGCGGAGGGCGAAGAGAAAUGCGGAACGAGCGCCAGAAGCCGAACAAUCGCAAGCGUCGCAGAAGCCUGCUGCCCCUGUCAUCGAAUCCAAGACAGUCUACGAGGCCCAGCCCGUUCUCAGAGAUCUGCGGAAGGAGGCCGUGAGCGCCUUCGUUCCGACUGCCGUGCGAAUGAAGAUCGAGAAGGGCAAGGGGAAGGCGGGCCUCUUAGAGCCCGAGGAGGCGGACCAGCUGGAGAAAGAGGGAUAUCUACCGGCCCCCGAGAGGAUACGACAGCAAGAAAACCAGGUACAGCCUCGCCGAGAGACCGGUCCGCGCGGGGUGACCAUGGAAGAAGUUGAAGAGGAAGAGGGCUGAGCGAGGUUCCCGACUCUCAGUUCGCCAAAUCUAUGGACGAGAGGCCAGGUUGUGUUACGACCGUGCCACGGUGUUGCGGCUCUCAUUCAUGCCUUCUGUUGGCCUUCCAGUGCAUGGCGUAUAUCGUUUGCAUGCGGACGCCAGCAGGCAGUGAGGCUGGCACGACGCGGCACAAGGCGAGUAGUCAAACGGCGAGAGGUCGUUGCGGCGGUGGGAGCUACGAUACUGUGUCCAGUUUGGGUGUCUGUGGGCACAACUUAUACAUGAUCGCAGUUAACCUUUUCCGUAGGACCGCGGUAGGGGCAUCCCGAAACAUGGAGGCGGAGGAUAAGACCGGCCAGGCUGGGCCAGUGUGCCGAGCGUAUGGGGUGAUCUAUGGUGUAAUAGUGAACAGUAACUACUUGGACUGCCUGGCUUGCCGACCCCU